AUGUCUGACUUCACAAACGUCACUUGGGACUCAGCAGAUGCUGAUGAAGCAGCGGCGAGUGAAUCUUCUCACAAUGCCGCUGGACCAUCGAGUGCAUAUAACGACGAUACAUUUCAUCCUACAGAUACGGAUUAUGUGUCGAAUGGUGAUGAAGGUGGAAUCGGGUCUAGUUCUGAAGCAGGUCCAUCUUCAUCAUCCCAUCUCUUUGCAUCUACCAAAUCCGAUAUUUAUUUCAAUUGUUUAGUGAAUGAUCCUCAGAAAGAACAAGACGGCCAGAACGCCUAUAUCACAUACUGUGUGUCCACAGAAACCAAUAGUCCUAGUUUCCAGAAUGCCACGGCAAGGGUGCGACGACGGUUUUCAGACUUUGUGUAUUUGUAUAACACACUGCUGAACCAGUACCCGGCAGUGGCUGUACCUCCUCUACCAGACAAAUCUCGAUUAGAGUAUAUUAAAGGAGACAGAUUUGCUAGUGAAUUCACCCUUAAAAGAGCAACUUCAUUAACUCGCUUUCUCUCCAGAGUCACUCACCAUCCUCUGCUUAAGAAGUCUAGAUCUCUUUACACUUUUCUUGAGAGUGAUGAUUGGAACGCCUAUAAAAAGCAUAAAGGCGGUUCAAGGUUAUCUAGUGCCAGUGGCGGUGGUACUGACUUGGUCAACCCAAAUACUGCUCCUGAAGUGGUUUCUGUCCUUGAUGGUAUCUCUGAUACCUUCCUAAAUGCAUUCGCCAAAGUCAACAACCAGUCUCAAGAGCUCAUAGAAGUCAAAGAAAGAGCUGACAAACUCGAUGAUAACCUUGGUGCGAUUAUCAAGACGUUUUCUCGAGUUGUUCGCCGCCAGUCAGAUCUCGUUCAUGAUUUAGACGAGUUUUCUCAGCAGAUGAAGAAGCUGUCCACUUUAGAACCACAGUUGGGACGGGAAUUUCAAGAAUUCGCUAGAGGUGUUGAGUACUUUUCGCAAAAUGCCAAUAUUCUUCGCGAACAAGUCGAUAACGAUUAUAUUGUGUCGUUACGGGACAUGGAGAACUAUGUAGCAUCCAUCAAGGGCCUUAUUCGAGCGCGUGACCAGAAACAAUUAGACUUCGAGGGUCUUUCAGACUAUCUCACUAAAGCCGAAUCUGAUAGGAAUACACUACUUUCUGGUGGAGGUAGCAAUUUCCUACGUAACAAGGUCGAGGACUUGCGAGGAAUCAAUCAUGAAGUCGCUCGUAAAGAGCGACUCAAUAAACUGGAAUCGAAGAUUAAAGAUCUUCAACAAGAAGUGUCUGGCGCUAAAAUCACCUCGGAAAAGUUCGAGGAGGUUACUCUUAACGAAGUCGCCAUCUUUGAAAGCAUUAAAUCGCUCGAAAUGAAAGACACUCUUGCUGGCCUUGCUGACGGACACAUCGAGUUCUAUCAGAACAUGAUCAAGGAAUGGUCCUCCAUCGCCAAAACCAUCGGUGCCCAACCUGAUGCCUAA